CGGCCCCACAGGCUUACGAGGCCGCCAGGGAUCACCAGCGGAUGCGAGCUCGUCUUCACCCCGCCUCCUCCUCUCACGGCACUUCCCAGCGCCGUUCCCCUUUCCGCGGUCGCCCCCGUCGUUCCACGCAGCAGGGCCGCCACUUCUCGCGCCGCUUCAGCACGCUGGAGUAUGGUGAGCAGGACGUUGUUGCCCCACUGUCAUCUGAGGGCGACCACAAUGACGACCUCGAUCUCUGCGAGGCCGUCCACUAUCACUUGGAGGACUCUACCCUCCCUGCAGUUGAGCGCCUUCAACUCGCGCUCUCUUCCCUCUCUCGGGCACGCAGCCGCCCCGGUCACACUGGCGCAUCGCCCCCCGAGGUCCCUCAGGAGGACCUCCCUCAGGGCUUCGUCCCUCCUCGUGGUGUCCUUUCCCCUGAGGAGCGCGCGACUAUUCUGGGCCGGCGUGGGUGUUUGCACUGCCGCUUAGACGGUCAUACCUCCUCGCGGUGCCCUUACACUACCGCCCUCGACCGCCACUACGCUGACCUUUCUCGUCAGCGCCGUGCUCAGUCCCCCCCCCGGCGCCUCACGUCCCCGCGACGCCUCCUAGCCACGGUGCAGUGUACACCUGCGCCCUCCUCAGUAGUGGGCUUCCCGACAUCUCCGUCUCGGUUCGACCCUCUCGCUACUGGAGUUGAGGUAUCGCAGGACUCGACAGAGUGUACUCCGCCCUCUGUCGCAAUACCGUCUGCGCCUCCGCAGAUCACCGUCUCCCCUCCUUCCCCGCCGCGACUACCGACGCGUCGAGCCAUUCGCUCAGCCCGUUGCAGCGAGCAGCUUGCUACUCGCGAGGACGUUGUGUCCUCUCUUCUGGACUUGAGCAUGCUUCAGGCCCGUCAGGAGCGACUCACCCUCCAUGUCGCUGCACUGCGUCGCCUUCUCGCCAUCCUCUCUGACCCUGAUCGCACCCUCCCGAUCAUCCCCGUACGACUCGGGACCUCCACGAGGGUGUACUCGGCGCUGUGGGAUUCCGGUUCUCAAGGCGACUUCAUUCACCCACGCGUGGUGAAGGACGCCCGCUUACCCACGACAGGGUCUCCGACUCCCAUCUCCGUUACCUUAGGGGAUGACAAGACCCAGCGCUUCUUCGAUCAGACGGUCACCGACCUCCCCUUCUUCCUCACUCUCAAGCCGACUGAGCAUUCCCCGGCGUCUCGUCGCCACCGCUCCUCUACACAUUUCGAUGUGAUGGAGACGGGGUACGACUUCAUUCUCGGCACUCCGUGGUCUCGUCAGUUCCGCAGCACCGAGGCCGAUUGGGCGACCAACACUCUAGUUCUCAAAACGAAGUGUGGACAGAUGUAUCGCGUACCUUUCAUAGGUACCACGACGACACCACGCCCCGAUCCUCCUCUCCCGGAACCUUCAGUGCCCACACCAUCUCCCUCUAUCACUGUCACCUCGCCUCGGCAGUUCGCUCACUUCAUUCGACAGGACGACGUCACCUUCUUUAUGGUGGACGUGACGGAUCUCUUACACUAUGAUCCACCCUGUCCCGAYGCCGAGCUCAUCCCUCUGGACCCAGAUCCCCCCUCUAUCUCCAUGGCUUCCAUCUCUACUUCUGACCCUCCGCCGUCCGUCGAGUCCACCCCGCCGUCGCGCGCUGACGUUGACGCUGAGGAACUCGCACGAUAUACGGCUGACUUGGAGCCCAAAGUUCGUGACCUCAUCCGCGAGUACCAUGACGUUUUCCCAUCGUCGUUCUCGUACGCCGGCAUCCCACCAAUGCKYGACGUSGARCACUCCAUUCAGCUCGUGCCUGACUAUCGUGUUCACCACCAGGCACCCUACAGACUCUCGAUCCCCGAGGCCACCGAACUCAAGCGUCAGCUUGAGGAGCUCCUGAGACUGGGUUUCAUUAAACCCAGCAACUCCCCGUGGGGUGCACCYGUCCUCUUUGCUCGCAAAGCGGAUGGAACUAUUCGCAACCGCUUCUUUAUGAAGAUUGAUCUUCGUAGCGGUUACCAUCAGAUCCGCGUCGCUGCAGCCGACCAGCCGAAGACCACGUUCCGAUCGCGAUUCGGCCACUACGAGUUCACGGUGAUGCCAUUCGGCCUCACCAACGCACCCGCUACCUUCCAGAGGGCGAUGAACGACAUCUUCAGGGACAUCCUGGAGCAGUACGUUCUCGUCUACCUCGACGAUAUCCUGGUCUAUAGUCGUACCCUUGAGGAGCACCUCAGACACCUCCGCGACGUCCUUGAUCGCUUGCGUAGACAUGGCUUCUACGCCAAGCUAAGCAARUGCCGCUUUGCCCAGCACAAAGUGAAUUUCUUAGGACACUACGUGUUUGACCAGGGUCUCCACAUGGACGACGCGAAGAUCACUGCUAUUGCGGAGUGGCCCGCUCCCACAUCCGCCAAGCAGCUUCGCAGCUUCCUGGGCCUGACCAGCUACUAUAGUAACUUCAUCCGGGGAUACGCUAGGUAUUCCUACGUCCUUACCUCCACCCUCCUCCGGAAGAACCCACCCUGGGCUUGGACACCCCUCCACGAGGACGCCUUCCGCGCCCUCAACAAGGCAAUGACAUGCGCACCGGUUCUUCACCUACCCGAUUUUGACCGCCCUUUUAUCCUUACCACCGAUGCGUCAGACUUCGCUGUAGGAGCAGUGCUUUCUCAGGUCUUCCCCUCAUCUCCUGAUUCCUCUCAUCCUCGUAUCCCUCGCUUCCCACCACCUACCCCUACCACUGCUUCCCGACUGACGCCUACACUACUGACGAGCCUUCUAUUGACUAUUCUCCUACCAUCGCCGGGGACGGCACUGUCGAGUCUCGCUCAGGUGAUUGUCCGAUAGCCUUCUACUCCCGUCAGCUCCUGCCCGCCGAGAUAAACUACACUGCUGAUG